GAAAAAUAUUGUUCCCCGCGAAAAUCGCAAGUAUCUUCAAUCCGAUUUACUCUUCUUUCAGAUCAUUCUGAAACAGAUUUAAUGGCGUAAUAAUGAGCAAGAAAACUGAUAUAAAAAAGAUAUCUCCGCCUAACAAACGUCGAAGCCUUGAUGAGAUUGUGCAAGAUAUAUAUGAAGGGAAGCGCUAUACUCCUCUAACAUUGACAGGCCAUAAUAAAUUAUCUGAAUCAAUUGAAAAACCCAUAUCUAAUGAAAAUGAAGCAAAAAUAACAUCAAAGAAACAUUCAGGAAACAAAUGGAUAAAGAGCACUGAAGAAGAUAACCCUGAAUCUGAAUUUGAGCCGAAGCUAAAUAUCUCCGGAACAAUGAACUCCCAUGUACCCGAAAGCUCCAAUAUAAAACCAUUGGAGAAAUAUAUUGGUACAAUGCCAUAUACAAUUGACAGGGAUAGUGAAUCCUGCAUGUUUUUAUGUGACUCUUCUAGCCAGAAUAAAAUGGACACUUUAGAGUCCCCUCCCACAAGUCUAUUGCUCCCAGUCUCUUCAAUCAAUUUCAGCGACGUCAAAAUGCACGAAGAGCUCAAAGAAGAUGAAUAUUCAUGUUAUUCUCCAGAAACUAUAUCAAUUGAUGGCGAAGGAUAUAGAAGCGAAAUUGAUGUGGAUAUAGAACCAGCCAUUCAUGAUGACAUUCAACAGCUGAAUGAUGCCAAUGAUUAUGAACAGUCAAAUGAAUCUAAAGAUAAUGACAUUAAAUUAGCUGAAUCUCCUAAUAGCUGUGAUGCUUUGUACAACAUUGGAGAUGUAUUUGGAAAACUGAGUACAUUACAUCCAGAUGUUGAUAACAAAGGAGAAGAUGACUUUAGAAAUGGAGCUCUGAAAAGUCCAGAUAAAACAUACCAAUGCCUUGACAGUAAGAUAGAAGAUCUAUCUCAUUCUGGAAGUAGUGAACUUGAAGGGAAAGACACUAUAGUAAUAAAUAAAGAAACAACUAAAACAAAGUCUGUAAAGGAAAGUACACUUACUCAUACAAGAUUGACUACACCUAACCAUAUGGCCUUGACAGAGAAAAUUACAUGUUCAGACUUCAAGAGAGACAUUACAGUGAAGAAAGAUCAGUUAAUGAAUUCAGAAUCACUAACUGUAAAUACUGCAACCUUUUCAGCACCACCUCAAUUAAGGCGUUCUAGAAAAAUGAAAAUAACAAAAGAAUUGGUAAAUAUUGUCAAAGAGAAUAAAGUCUCAAGGCCACAGAGUGUUCCGCCAGCUAUUGAAAGGACAAGGUCUUCCUCUCGGUACAUGAAACCUUUGUCAAAUGUCGUAACUUCAUCAUCAUUUGGUGCAUCCAGGACAAUUUCAUAUGACGACAUCAGAGUGCGGUCAAAAUCAGUUCCUCCAAGUCCAAGACUCAUACUAAAGAUUCCUGAUAUAAGUAAAGGCCUUGGGCAUACAACAAUCAAUGCCAGUAUAGAAGGGGUCCAGUUUACUCCAUCAACACCAAAGACAACUUAUAACGAUUUGGUCAAUUGUUUACAAAAGCAGAGACAUGAACUAGACCAUACCUCAAACGCGAACACUAACUAUGAGGUGAAAGAUGAUGAUGUGGCUGAUGAUCAUACAGAACACACAAAUGAUGAUGAUGAACACAAUGAGAAUGAUAAUGAUGAGGAACUUGAGGAAAUCAUGAAAAACAUAGAAGAACAAAACAAAGACGAUAGUAUCAUUGAUGAGGAAAACAUUGUUUUAAGAGAUGACACUACUCUGAGCAUCUUUGAUGAAGACACCAUCAGUGUAUCAAGUGAUAUUGACAUAGACACAACAGUUGAUAUUGAUAUAGAAGAUGACUCAAGAGAUCAAAUCCAUUUUCUCUCAUCAGGACUUGACCUUGACGAAAACACUAAUCAGAGUAUAGAUAUGGGGAUCAAAGCCAACAUGAAGGAAGGAGAUUUGCAAAUUUCUCAUGAUCAAGAUGAACAAAAUGUAGAAUUAACUCAAGACUCGGGAUUCGACUCCAUCUUCCAGUCUUUUAAUGAAUCUCAUUCCCAGAUGGUGUCAGAUGGUGUCAGAAGCUUUGAGGAGAAUAUGACCAUUAACACACCAGAGCAGGUAGAAUAUGAUGAAAACAAUAAUAUAGAAGAUGAUUGGCAAGAGCCUCUUGGUGAUGAUAUUAAUGCAAACAGCACACCAAGUGGCAAAUCCAAAGAGGAGAAUCAAGAAGAUGAUGUUGCUCAAUCAGCAUGUAGCAAUCAAGAUAAACCUCCAAAAAUAGAGAGAAAAAGUAUGGUCAUAUCACCGUUUUCGAUCAUGUCCCCGAUAGACCCAUAUUCUUUGAGUGACUCAAUGCGGCUAUCACCAUCCAUGUUCAUGUUUGAUCCAACAAAAGCUGUAGCCCUAGAUAGGCUAUCCCCUACAGCAUUGUUACUUGGGAUUGAAGACAGCCAAGAUGGUCAACAAUGUCGACGAUUAUCAAGUUCACCUCCAGUGAUUUUGGAUGCAAGGUCUCUGAGGAGUGUAUGUUCAUCACUCUCUGGAAACUCAUCACCUCUUGUGUCUUCAUCCCCUCUAUCAGGGCUAUCACCUCAAAUUACAGUGAACCAUAAUAUCCACAUUACAAACUCUUGUCCAAAUGAUAACAAGGAGAAUGCAACACAAGCUCCAACAAGUAUCCAUACUACAGUUAACAUCCCUCAAGCUGCACAAACAAAUUCCCAAAACACUGGAGUUCAUUUUCAGAAUCCGGUCGGUGCAACAUCUUAUAACCUUCAACAGUCUUCUGUAUUACAGCCUCCAAUUGGCUCAUCUCAAAUGUACAUAAUUGGGGCACCAGAGGGUGUCCCAACAGUUCCAGGGAUAUACUUAGAUGCCCCACCCAAAGUCCCUACCUACUGUGCUAUACCAUGCGCCUGGAAUCACAUUGGAGUUCCUGUAUCAUAUAGGGUGUGCUAUAUGCCAUAUAACCCCUCCAUGGUAGGGUUCAGUCCAAAGCAAGCUUGUAAUCCUCUUCUCCUAAACCUAAGUACUUCCAAACAGCCAAGUAGGGAUCCUAGUUUCUCUGGAAAACAACCAAACCAGGAGCAUUCUGUAAGUGCCGACCAAAACCAUGUGGAAGGAAAUGGUAUGGACGUAAAGCAUGAGAAAGAUGAACAGAACUGCCAAGUUAAACAUCUUCAACCUAAAGAUGAUGAAAUUAUAGAAAUAGCAAGUGGGGAAGCUAAUGCUGUUGAUAUUCACAACUGGAUUGAGACGCAUGGUGAAAGGAAAAUCUCUAGUCAACAGAAAAGAAAAGAUUUAAUCAAAGAAACUUAUGAAGUGAAGAAGGUACAUGAAGGGAAAGAUACAGGGAGAAUGACACCAGCUCUUGGUAAAGCUUCACCUUAUGAUUCUGACACCAGUCAGGCAAAUACACUCAAUGGCAGGAUGACUCCAAUUAACGACACAAGGAAUAAAUCAAUGUAUGGUAGGGUGACACCAGAUGGUGUCAGGACCAAAUCUGUGAGUAACAUGAUGACAUCGCCUGAUGUCACAAUGAGCAAUACAUCAACUGGUAGAGCAACACCUUUUGGUUCUGGCUCUGAUCCUAUAAAUGAUAGAGUGACGCAAAUUGACACCUCAAAGAACCAUUCUGUAAAUGGUAAGCUGACACCAGUUGACAUCGAAAGAAGUCAGCCCAUAAAUGGUAGAGCAACACCACUCAACAUCGCAGCAAGCAGUUCGGAUAGUGGGAGAUCGACUCCUAUCUCAAUGAGUACAGACAAUUUUAUUGUGCCUACUAUUAGAAAAUCUAAGACUGUCCGGCAAAUGAUUAAACUAAAUAAGCGCAACUUGGAAGAUUCAGAGUCGCCAACAUCCAGAAAGAGGCCAAAUUUAAAUCGAAGUGUUUCAGCGCCACCUAAUGCCCCAAAAUGUAUUGUUCCGUCCAGGGGAACCUCAGCGCCCCCUUGUGCACCAAGAAAUACAAAUCCCUCCCCAGGAAUAUCACCAAUUCCUUCCACACAAUCCCCCAGCAUAUUUCUAUCACCAAUUGGGUUCACUGGAGCUCUAUCAACUGCUAGACAUAUGCAACAGCCAUGUCCUAUAAUCCUUGCCCCAUUCCCUAAAACAAAUACCCAAAGCUCUUUCAAAGCUUCAUCAAAAGCCCCAAGCCCUAGCACUAAUUCAAAUCCCCACCAGUCAUCAAAAUGUAUCAAAAUGGACAGUUCACAUAGAUUUGGAAAUCAGACAACAGAUAUUGUCAACUCUAUGCACAAGCUGAUUCAGAAAAUACCAAAUAUGGGGCCAUACGAGGAAUUCAACAACUCAGAUUUCACUCCAAAUCUCGGCAAUCUCAGAGAUUUGGAAAACAGGGAAUCGGUGAAGAAUAUGACUGAAGUGUUGAUCGAUGAUAAGAAAGAGCCUGUUCUAAUGAGCACGACACAACCACACUUUCAAUGCGAAAAGAACAUCUUAGAUGAUGGUGCUUGUGAUCUUCCUCCUGCAUAUACACUUGAAGGAAGCUCCAAAGAUGCCAUGGCAACGAAACAAUGGGGAUUUUCAAUGAGUAACCAUAGCAACUCGCCAGCUUUUACAUCCAGAAUUGCUCAAAAGCCAGUUGCAACAAUCAAACCUAAGACAAAGACUCCAAACAAGCAACGAUCACAUUCUGCACCAAUAACCAUAGAAACAAACUCUUUGAUGUCACACCAAUCUGGCGCAUCAGUGGCUCAACUUGGUGUGUCAACAUUGACUGAGUCUGGUGUGUCUUCCAACAAGCCCCCUAGGGGUUUGUUACAUAGUCCAAGGAACCUGUCUCAAGUUACCUAUGGUCAGCCAUCAGCACUCCCAUUUCCAAGAAACACAUAUUCCUUUGUCAUAGAUCAAUUGUACACAAGCCAACAAGGAUCUAAUCAACAAAGCUUGAACCAACAAGGCCUAAGCCAACAAGAACAAAGUCAACAAGGUCUUAACAAACAUGGCUUGAGCCAACAAGGUCAAUGUCAACAAGGGUUAAACCAACAAGGACAAAGUCAACAACGCUUGAACCAAUACGGCUUUGACCAACAAGGACAUAAUCAGCAAGUUCUCAACCAGCAAGGACAAAGUCAACAAGGACAACAUAAACAAGGCUUUAGUGAACAAGAACAAAGUCAGCAACUUCUGAACCAACAAGGACAAAUUCAACAAGCCUUGCACCAACAAGGACUAAGUCAGCAACUUCUGAACCAACAAGGACAAAAUCAGCAAGGCUUGAACCAACAAGGACAAAGUCAACGAGGCUUAAACCUACAAGGACAAGAUCAACAAAAUCUAAAUAAACAAGGCCAAGGUCCACAGGGUUUAAACCAACAAGGACAAAAUCAGCAAGUCUUGACCCAACAAGGACAAAGUCAGCAAGGCUUGAACCAACAAAGACAAAGCCAGCAAAAAUUGAAUCAGCAGAAACUUAAUCAGAGCAUGAGCCAACAAGGCUUUAACCUUCAUGGUUUUAACCUACAAAGUCAAACACUAAAUUACUUAGCUUUGACUGCCUUAUCUCAACAAAGCCCACAAGGCCUGCACCCUCAAGGGCUUACAUUACAACAUGUAAAUCCAACAGCCCUGAAUAUUCCUCAAAAGUCACCAGGAAUAAACUGCUUAAUCCAACAGUCUUGUAAUCUGCAAGACCAAAACAACAAAAGACAUCAGGGUCUUCCUCACCAACCUGUUGAUCCAAAGGCAUUUUCCCAAAAUUGUGUGAACGUACAAACGCUCAACCAACAAUGUCUCCCCCAUCAAGCUAUCAACCCACAGGACCUUGAUCAUCCAGGCCUCUCAACACAUACAUUAAAUUCACAGGCCUUCAACCAACAGGACCUUUCCCAGCACACUCUUAACCCACAGAAAUUCAACCCUCAAGGGCUUUAUCAACAUACUUCUAAUCCACAAGGCCUUUCUCAACAUGCUCUUAACACAAUGAGCUUCAACCAUCAAUGUCUUUCCAGGAACCCUGUAAAUCCAAUGGGCAAUAUGGAUCUUAACCAUAUAGACAUGAACACUGAGGCCAUUAACAACCAAGGCCUCACCAAAGAAGCUCUGAACUUACAUAGCUUCAUUCCUCAAGGGAUUACCCCGCAAGGUCUUUCUCAAAUCCCUACCCCACAGGGUCAUACCCCACAAGGCAUUACCUCUCAAGUCCCUACCCCUCAGGGUCUUAACCCACAAGGCAUUACCUCUCAGAUCCCUUCCUCUGAGGGUCUUACCCCACAAGGCAUUACCCCUCAAAUCCCUACCCCUCGGGGUCUUACCCCACAAGGCCCUGCCCCACAGGGACUAACUCCAC